AUGGCUUCUAAAAUGAUCAUAGAUCGUCAUAAAAAUACAAAAGAGGCACUUCUUGAAUUUCUUAUUGAUGAAAAAUCCAGACAAGAAAAAUCAAAAUCAAUACUACUUAAAAUUUUCAAAGAAAAUCAACACUCUUCUAAAAGCAGCCUUAAAGAAUUAUUAAAUAAAUUGAAUUCCAACAUUUUAGUGCUGGAUUAUUAUUUUACUAAAUUCCUCAAUAAAAAAAGAAAUAAAAAGUAGCGUUGACAGAAUUGGUCUACGAGUCGCACUACCUAAGGAGCAGGCAGAACCUAUACUGAUAAAGCUGAAAAAGAGGCAUCUAUCCCUUUAUAAGUAUGACUUCAGGUAUGGGAAGCCUUGCCGAAGAGGGAAGCUUUGCUUCUCCCCCUAAGAUUUCCUGUAUCUGUCAUGCGGAGCCAGGCUUUGCCUCUUCAUCUAUACGGACUAUCGGAGUAGAGGGUGGCUCAAUCUAGAGUGCUCUAAGCCUUAUCAGUAAAAAGAGGGUGGAAUUUUGGUUGGAACUUAUAUCAUUUGCACUUAGGUGUGCACGCUUACAGCGUAGGCCAUCUUGUCUGAAGUCAAAUAGUCUGGGUAAUGGAGCCGUACUUAUGGCCGCAUAAAUUGUAAUCCUAAUCUAAUCAAUUUAAAAUAAAGAUAAAGGUAUUAGGAUUAGUUAGCUAAUAAGCCAAAUGCUCAAACCAUAUUGGCCACUAAAAAUGGUGAUGUAGUGGGUCCGACACCACGCCGGUGAAGUUCUGGUCGUAGCUUCCUAAUAAGCUAGUUCAGGGCCUGUGUGUUUUUUCUUUACUUUCCCUUCAGCAGAGUUUCACUACCUGUCCUCCUCCGAGAGCAGGCUUCUGUUGUUGCCCAACGACUCAUGAUGCGGCCUAUAGCCGUCCCUGCAACGCAUCCCGGAGAAAAAGCCGAAGCAGAAAAAACUCCUGGGGAAGCCUUCCAGCACAAGUGCGACCUAAAUCUCGUGCUCAGGCGCUUGCAGUACCACCUUCCUGGAGAGAGUCCUGUGUAAUAUCUUUAAGCUUACACCAUUUUUAAUGCUCUCCAAUUUAAAAUAUGAAGAUAUUUUUAUAUAAAAAUUAAAAAAAAUUAUUUUUAGAUAAGAGAGUAAGAUUUUUGAAGACCAAAAAAUAGUAAAAUUAGAGGAUGGCUCAGAAUUGAACUUUUUAAGCUUAGACCCUCAAGAAGCUACAGAGAUAAUGAAGACGAAGGUUCUUGCAAAUUCUUAUGGCGAUAUUGAGAUAUUUUGUGGCUUAGACGUGGAAAUAGAGAAAAUUAUUGGGAACUUUGUAGAAAAUAAACUUUUAGAUUUAAAAACUUCGAUAAAGGAGGAGCUUAGAAAUGAUUUUGAAAAUGAAAAGAAAAAAGCUGAUGAAGAGAUUGCCAAUCUGAAUAAAGAAAUAGGCAAACAAACUGAGCUUAUAAAUGAACUAUAUACAAAAAUUAAUAGUCUUCCUAUGACUCAUCAAAAUAAAAAAUCAUAUAAUUGGCCAUGAUACUUUACAGUCAGCAUUUUGCUUCUCCUUGUUUUGGUUUGCUUUAGUCCAUUUAAAAAUACAAAUCCUACUUUAGUAGGCAUAAAAACCAAUUUUAGUAGUUCUUCAAGCAACUCUGGCAGCCUAUCACAAGAUCUAACUAGCCCUUCAGCAAAAACUGACUCUUUAAAUGUUUCAGGUACUCCAGGAAUUUAUGAUACUUCAACAAAAGCUGAUUCUUCAAGUAUUUCAGAUCAAUCAGAUGGUCGCUCAAAUAACCACAUUGAUGAUCUGAGUAAUGCUCCUGCAAAAUCAGCUGAUGACUCAGAAAAUCUUCCUUAUAGCUCUGUAAUUGAAACUAAUGAAUUGAUAAUUUGCUCUCAAAGAUCUAGACAAAUAUAAUAAAUUCCAUAUUUUUUAAAACCCCUAAAAAUAGAAAGCUAUUUUUUAAUAUCAACGUGUUAAAAUUUGACAAUUUAUCAAGGAAAAUCUCUAAAAUAUAUAUGAAACUAUAUAUUCAGUUGACGUAAAGACCUUUAAAGCGAUUAGUUUGAGCUUAGGCCCAUGCUAUGGGCUAUAUAGCAAUGUAUUUAUCCCUACUACUAAUUCAACUUUAUUUUAUGGCGAGUUCAUGCAUAAAAAUUUAGAUAUAAAUGCAUUUAUUCUUGACGCAGAAAAGAAAAUAACGAAACUUAUUUGGGCGCAAGAAAAAUUGUUUCCUAGCUUGGCUUAUUAUGAAAAUUAUGUAUUCUUUUACACCUAAACGGGGUAAGUAAUUUAAAGCCUUAAUGAAUUAAUAGGGUUUGCUCUAUUAAUUAUAAGCUAUUCAUCAUAAAAAUGUAUAUAUGCAUUUGGUAACUCAGUAUCAGCGAAAUACAACUGCUUACAAAAUAAAUGGGAAAAUCUCGCUCAUCUUGGACUUGACCUUUAUGGUCGCCAAAGCUCUUCUGUUGGAUUUAAAGGACAUAUUUUGAUAGUUGAGCGCACUCUUUCAUCACUUAUAAGCUAUGAUAUUGAACAAAAUAGCUUUCAAAAAGUUGCAGGCUUAUCUUUAGAUUGGAGAGCAAAUAAAAUUAUAUUUUCAGCAGAUAAUAGAGUCUAUAUAAUUGAAUUUCCUGGGCGCAUUCAUCAAAGUGUGAUAAUUUACAGAAAAUGGACGUGAAUCCGCUCUAUUAGUAGCUGGUGUCUUGGCAUGGUUUUUAAAAUAUGGCAUAGAGGAUUUUUGAGAGGAAUGAGCUCAGGCGUACUGAUUUGAGCUUUAAUUCCUCGUUCCCUUUAAAAGUAGUACCUAGUGAGUUCAAUUAUAGAGAGAAUUAUAUUAGUUUGUAGAGCUCACCCAAAUAGUGGAAACUGUUGAGCAUUUUCUUCGAAUUCUCAAAUAAGAAAAUCAUUGUGAGGGCUUUCACAUUCAAAAGGCCUCAAAGCAGUCUGGCUCAGCUUGGAUUAGAAAUGGAGCCAGUUAUUGGCUCCAGGUCAGAAUUAAAAAAUUAUUUCAUCUACAAGGUAAUUGUUAAUGACUGCAAAAUACUAUUGGAGAACAGAAAGAGAGAGCUUUAAAUGCUUAUUAAUGCUAGUUAAUAUAGUGAAUUAAAGUGCGAUAAAUGAUUUUACGGAAUGGGAAAUCAUAGCUACUAGAACAAUGGAUUGCAGUGGAGAGUUAUGGUCUUAUGUUAUAAGAUUUAAUGAGAAAUUUUAUUUCGAAUGCAUAAGCAGCUAUAACUCAAUACUUGUAGAAUUUGAUCUGAAGGAAAACAAGCUGAAGACAAUAUCUAUAAAUAUUUAA